AUGAUUUUUGUGCUCGAUUGGGACGAGAUGAUCAUCGCGCACUUGGAAUCGAUCGAGGAUCCGAACGACAUCAUUUCGAUCUACCCAAAGUACACUGAACAUUUGACGGAUCACGGUGUGGAUGACCUGGUACAGCUCAUGUACAAGUCGCAGAUCGAGACGAGCUACAGAUACGCCAUGGUGCAGUACGCGGCUCCUGCUUGUAUUGACAAGAAGGAUACGCCAACGCCGCAAUUGCUGUCGCAUCUGGCCGCGGUACGCAGUGCAGUGCAGAAAAAGCUAAAGCGUCGCGUUCGCGCGAUCCUGCACUUGCCUGUCACGAAAGAAGACUUUGGUUGCAUCGACCUGGAGAAGUUUGGUCUCGGCACGAAGCGAACGCUCGAGCAGUGGGAGGAAUUCUCGGGCAUCGAUCCUCGGGCAAAGUUCGUUUCGCCCGGGGACUCCCGGUUUGAAAACUGCAAGCAGCUCGAGUACGUGCCGUUAUCAGCACAUGAUCCACAAUGA